AUGAGGCGUUCCCUAUCUUCUGCAGAAGAGUCAACGCGGCCGUCUACGGCGGCGGUAGCUAUGGGGGGUGGCCGGAAUGAUAGUGGCCAGUUCUUUAAAACCAAGAUGUGCCCGUUCUUCUUGAAGUGUCAGUUGAAGAAUCCCCGGUACAAGAACCAAUUCGCCGUCAAUGUCGGGUGUCUGGAGGGGACUUGCGCUAACGGUGACCCGUGUCGGUUUGCUCAUUCAUUGAAAGAGCUGAGACCGCUACCUGACUUAAGUAAAACAAAACUGUGCAGUAGCUACAGCAAACGGGUGUCCUGCAAUGUACAAAAUUGUCCAUUUGCACAUUCGCCUCAAGAAUUAAGGACAAGCAGCUCCGUCUUCUAUAAGGUGAGCUUGUGUAAUUUCUACAAGAACAAUAGAUGCUGGAAUGGAUCGAACUGUAGGUUCGCUCAUGGAAAUGAAGAACUUAGGGAUCAUCUGGCUGCGGCCGCGGCUGCAGCGGGGAACCUUGGUCCCCCCAUGGGACACGACCAACUCCUCAACGUUGACGACCAAUUCGACGCCAACGACCAACUCAACGCUUACGUCUUGGGUCCUGGCCUGGAAGGCUCUAGACCAGUCUCCCAAACCGCGAUAGAAGAUUCUCGCCGGGACACUUCGGCUAGCUUCGCGAUGACUGGACUAGGCACAACCAACCAUGGGCAGGGGACAUACGGUUCCAGCGGUAUUGGGCCUCUGGGGUCUGGAGCACCUCCAGGGUCUGGAGGCCAUCUGGGGUCUGGAGGACAUCUGGGGUCUGGAGGACGCGGGCACGCAGCUUUCAGGUCUCGACGUCUCGGGUCGGGGGUUGCCUAUCGGGACUUACGGAUAUUGAGUACAUCGAGCCGCAGCGAUCUCGCCAAAGAAUUCCACCAAGACUAUGUUCAUGACAUCGGUCAUGACAUCGGUCAUGACAUCGGACAUGAUGUCGGACAUGACGUUGGUCAUGACGUCAGUGUUAGUCAUGCUUCUCUUGAUCAUAAUCUUCUUCAGGAUAAAAGUUUACAGGAUCGGGACAAUUUGGGCGCAGCAUCGGAGGCCCGUCUACUCGGCUAUUUGCUGGAUAACAUUAACUCUGAAGCUUCCCUGGUUAAUCGGAACAAUUCCAGGGUGGGUAAAGCUGGAACGCAAUCACAACUGUCAUCAGCAGUGACUUCUACCACUUCCGGUACGCCGGGAUGCUCCUGGUCUUCUUUGAAGCAACAACCGAGAGGCAUGUUUGAGGAGCCAGUGACUCCUGGCGCAGAAAAGUUGGCAGUGCCUUCCAUCGGAGGCCUCUCUGCCGCAGGAAGCCGGAGUACCACACUUGGACUGGCUACCACACAGCCUCCCGCGCUGUUGGGACGCGAUGUGUUUGAGGAUGCUGCCCAAGCUGAAGCGAUACUGAAGGCUGUGUUGGAGUACGGAAUCUGA